UCGUCUGAGGUUUCCAGCACCAUGAAGUCAGCGAUCGUCGUCUUCCUCGGCCUGGUGGUCGUGUCCCUGGCCUCUCCCCAGACCCAGGACCGCGUCGUGGCCCUCCUGCGGGACGACAGAGUCGACCAGGGCGACGGCAACUUCAACUACGCCUUUGCCGCCGACAACGGCCUCGAGAUGGAGGUGUCCGGCGCCCCAGGGGCCGAAGGUGCCGUCAGCAUGAGAGGAUAUUAUGUACUGCCCCUGGAAUCUGGAGGAGUCACCCGCGUUGAGUUCGUGGCCGACGGAGCUGGAUUCCAGCCUUCCAGCGACAUCCUGCCAACUCCUCACCCUCUCCCUGAACACGUCCGGGAACUGCUCAGCAUUGCUGAGGAAUUCCGCAGACAGGGAGUCCAGUUCGACGACCAAGGACGACGCAUCAACUAAACGUUACUUUCCAGCAAUUCUAGCUGGAAGGAAGAUGUUCCAGACACUGUUAUAUAAGGGCCUCAGCAACCUGUUCCUUAAGGCUUAACGAAGGCCCUACGAAAGGGGUAAAUGCGUGUAUGAUAGAAGUACGAAAUUACGA